UCAAUGUCUGCCAGUUCUACAGACAGCUAGCCUAGCUAAUAACAACAGAAGAUCCCGGACAGCUAGCGUUACAAUUUAACUCAACAUAUAGGGGGCAAACUGCUUCCAUCUGGCAUGUACUGAUGCAGAUGGACGUCAGGACUGAACGCUGAAGAGUGGAAGUGACAGAUUCCUCCCCCUCACCCUCUUGCCCCCGACACCCUCUGUCACGCUGGCAAUGUCAAGAGUCCCGAGUCCCCCUCCCCCUGCGGAAAUGUCCAGCGGGCCUGUGGCCGAGAGCUGGUGCUAUACACAGAUCAAAGUGGUGAAGUUCUCUUACAUGUGGACCAUCAACAACUUCAGCUUCUGUCGUGAGGAGAUGGGCGAGGUCAUCAAGAGCUCCACCUUCUCUUCUGGGGCCAAUGAUAAGCUGAAAUGGUGUUUGCGAGUGAAUCCUAAGGGCCUGGAUGAGGAGAGCAAAGACUAUCUGUCUCUCUACCUGCUGCUGGUCAGCUGUCCAAAGGCCGAGGUGCGCGCCAAGUUCAAGUUCUCCAUCCUCAAUGCCAAGGGAGAGGAGACGAAAGCCAUGGAAAGCCAGAGAGCAUACCGCUUUGUCCAAGGGAAGGACUGGGGCUUUAAAAAGUUCAUCCGGAGAGACUUCCUCCUAGAUGAGGCAAACGGUCUUCUACCUGACGACAAGCUCACGCUCUUCUGUGAGGUGAGUGUGGUGCAGGACUCAGUCAACAUAUCUGGGCAGAACACCAUGAACAUGGUGAAGGUGCCUGACUGCCGGCUAGCAGAUGAGCUGGGGGGCCUGUGGGAGAACUCGCGCUUCACAGACUGUUCCCUGUGUGUGGCAGGCCAGGAGUUUCAGGCGCACAAAGCCAUCCUGGCAGCACGGUCCCCUGUAUUCAGCGCCAUGUUUGAGCAUGAGAUGGAGGAGAGCAAAAAGAACCGUGUGGAAAUCAACGAUGUGGAGCCCGAGGUCUUCAAAGAGAUGAUGUGCUUCAUUUACACAGACAAGGCUCCCAACCUGGACAAGAUGGCCGAUGACUUGCUGGCAGCAGCUGACAAGUAUGCUCUGGAGAGACUGAAGGUCAUGUGCGAGGACGCUCUGUGCACCAGUCUGUCUGUGGAAAACGCUGCCGAGAUCCUCAUCCUGGCCGACCUGCACAGCGCCGACCAGCUCAAAACACAGGCAGUCGACUUCAUCAACUACCACGCUGCAGAGGUGAUGGAGACGGCCGGAUGGAAGUCAAUGGUAGGGUCUCAUCCUCAUCUGGUGGCUGAAGCUUACCGCUCCCUGGCGUCAGCUCAGUGCCCUUUCCUCGGACCCCCACGCAAGCGCCUCAAACAAUCUUAACAGCCUCACAGCAAGGCGUCAACACACUCAUACACACACAUACGCAUACAAACACAGAAACACACAGAUACCUGCUCUCAAACACAGGGACAACCUUUCCCCUUGCCGUUACCUAAUACACUACCUACAGCCUCCCCCGAAUCUCCCCCUUCUGCCCCAUCCAAACCUGCUGUAUUUAGUCUCUUCUAAAGAUGGAGGGAAGAAGGAGGAGGAGAUGGAGAUGGAAGAGAGGGACAGGUGGGCUCAUGAAGUGGACGUUUGUCGUUUAUAAAGAACCACAACACCCCUCCUUUUUUCUCCUCGGCUCUAGCAUUGUGAGAUCUGACAUUGUGCUCUUUUCCGUGUGUGAAAACUAAAUCCUUCGACAUCCUGCUAGUUCCUACUAUGGAAUCCGUUUGGAAAGAAGAACUGGACACAAGAUCCCAAUAAGAGCCAAGUGUUUAGAAAUUUCGGAGGCUUAAAGGAAAAGUACAGAUAAAUAUAGUCUUUAACUGUCUAUUUUAUCAUAAGGCUUCUUUUUGCUCCGUUCUUAGUGUUUGGGGUUGAGCAGUCGGAGAAGCCACAUCGGCCUGUGAGCGACUAAAGAAGAAUAAGUGGGCCUGUUAGUUACAAACUAGACGCCCCCCGAGAAAGACAACCAAGGGCUAGUCAAACAAAGCAGAUAUGGGACAAAAUCAUCAAAAUAAUUUUCCCAAAGAAAGUUGGGAAAACAUUGCACUAAAGUCACAGGUCACCCCUUUGCAACCCUUACCAGCAGUAAAGUAGAAAUACUGUAGGCAAGCACACAUUGAAGCAAGCUUCAUGGACUAAAGACCCAGCUGGACUACCAACAACAAGUUCCCUUUAAGAAGAUUUAUCAGCAAGUGACAAAAACAACACAUGUACUCCCUUCUAGAACUCUUCAAGCUUCAUCUAAGUCUGUUUUCAUUUUUUAAAUAGAUGGAAAUAAAAACCAGUAUAGAGAAGAUACAGGAAAUAGCAACGCACAACUGGAUGUCAUUCUUGGGGAAAUUGUAUUUUGUGUGUGGAUCUGUCUUUGUAGCCCUUGAGAGUAAAAUAAAAUCCAAGGUGUCACCAGACAAACCAACCAGGAGACAACAAAAGGAGGGAAAGAAAUGUCAAGAAAUGGUUACAAAAUAACAUUAUGUUUCAAUCAGGCAUGUUAAUGUUCUUUUAUGAUGAAUUUCUUAUUUGUUUUUUUUCCUCAGAACUGUCAUUUCUAUUUUUUUCAUAGGAAUUUGUACAGAAACUAGUGUUUUUGAAGCUGUGUACCACAAAAGCAUUUUCAACCGUGAAAUUGAAAAAAAGUGGACAGAUGUUUUCUUUGCAGGCAUGAAGACUGAGGGGAAAUGAAAUUGAAAUGAACACGUUUUAAUGUUCAGAAUAGACAGAAUGUGAAAAAAAUGCACACCAAGGCAAACCACAUGAAAUACAUUUGAAGUUAUCAUUUGAACCUGGUGGAAAAUGGUAAUUGAUAGAAGGAACCAUUGUCGUUUCUUUCCUGUAGAUAUCGCUGGUUAUGAGAAGUGACACUUAGUUGUUGCCAUUUUUUGUUCCCAAAAGAAUAAACCACAACUAUUUUGUAUUGAAUGCAA